AUGCCUAAUUUAGCAUUUCCGGCCUGUUCAAAAGACUUACUCCAAGAUGCCCUUGAAAUUCUUCCGAAUGACUUGGAUACCAAAAUGACGGAUGCGUUGAAGACCUUAGAACCAGACCAGGCUGCAGCCGUGUUGGCCUACAUUGCCCAACAAGCCAGCAUCACGGACCAGCAAAUUAAGAAGAGCAGAUUAACUCUCCCGUCUUUCUCAUCUGCUAAGUGGGCCGAAGUGGCUCCUCAACUUGACCUGCCGGAUAAGGUGGAUGACCUACUACUUGAAAGCUUCUCACCACCAUCAUGCAUGCUUCCGCUAUCGAUGCAUAGAGCAAUGUUCAAGGAUGGCUGGCGAGCCAUGGAUGUCUAUCGAGAAAAAACUCAGCAGGACCGGGAAGCCGCUAGAAUCAAAUUACUAGAGCCGUGGUUGGUUCCCAUUAUUGCUCUUUUCGAAGGCAGAGUGGUUGACUUGCCUGAAUCCGCCAUGGUUCCUACGAUAUAUUCAUCCGGCGGUGCAGUUGAGCAUGAGAUCAUUGUCGUGGGCAGGGCUUUGUUCUUCGUUGUUGAGAUGAAGCUACUUUUGGAUAAAGAUUGUACAGCCCAGCUGUUUCUUGAACUCUUAUCCGCCGCAGAAGCAAACAAGAAGUUGAAGUACACCGGUCUGCGGGUCUAUGGCCUUCUGACUGAUCUCACACUCUUCCACUUCUACUCCUUUGAUCCCAUCGAGAGGUCUUUCUACAAAGAUGACGUCCUAUUUGCAAACGUAAUACGAGAACUGUUUUGCGGCGAUAUGAUACCUGUGGCGAACAAGAUUUUCAGUGUCUUAAUGUUGGGAUAUCUGGAAUCUCUCGAGGCAACUGUUGCACUUAGCAAGGCAAGGGGUCAGAGUGGGAUGUGCUCCUCAGACAAAGGUUCCUCGCCGAUACAUCAAAUGGCGGACAAGCCCUCAAUUCUUGCAUCAUCAUCUGGUGCCAAACAGAGUAAGGGAGCUUCGAGUCAUGUUCGUCCUUCCCUCACAGCAUGGGAAAACGGGCUCGCCCUUGCCAAGCAAGCAUAUGAUGAUUUGCAAAAGUGCGCUCUCGCUGAAAGUAUAGAUAAGUUCGAGGAAAAUGCAAUUAACGCACUUGAUACCCUUUCAAAAAGUGUUUCCUGCCUGCCUCGAUACUCUCUGUACUCGGGUCCUUCGGAUACGCCUAUAACGCCCGCUGGGCUGGAUGCUAUGGCGGACAAGAGUGUCAAGAUCUGGCAUGUGGACAAGUUGGCAAAGACCAGACCAUGA